AAGAAAACCACUCUAGCGAUUUUGGCGCCCUAACUUUAGGUGUUAUAUAGAGGGUAUCCUCUCUGAUAGAGGGAAUCGUUGCGUUGAGUUUGGAAACUCGUUUAACCUGUUCGUGUAGUGACAGAAGAUUUAAAAGCGCGAUAAGUGUUUUAGAAACCAGUGUUUCUCGUGAUACAUUGUAAAACAUCGUGCGGAAAAACGAGCACACAGAGAGUGAUAUGAAGAGGGUAAAGCUGUGACGGUGGGAAUCAAACAUAAAAAUAGCCCCGGUGACGACAGGAAUAUCUAACCUUAUGCCCUCAGCUACCGGAAUUGCGAGGCACAAUAGAAUAGAUACUUCGGAUUCGUGUGGACGAAAUUACACGAGCUAUCUGUACAGAAGAGCAACAUAAUUGAAGUUCGCUUUAAGAAUAGUAGAAUUAAAGUAUGCGAUGAAGUUCUUAAGAAAUAUACAAUCCCUGUUGCUGCAAGAAAAGGUGUCCACUUUCAAAGAGUUUCAGAAGAGUGCACAGAUUUUCGAAGGAGGAAACAACCCUAUAGGGCAGCAGAAGGGUGGGGCGACUAUGCCCAGUAAUGAAGAAUGUGGGAUCCGAGAUGUAUGGGGCCACAAUCUGGAAGAAGAGUUCCGAACAAUUCGGCAAGUCGUACAACAAUAUCAGUACAUCGCUAUGGAUACUGAAUUUCCUGGAGUAGUAGCUAGACCUAUUGGUGAAUUCAGAACUAGUGCCGAUUUUCAGUACCAAUUGUUACGGUGUAAUGUAGACCUCUUGCGGAUAAUACAAUUGGGUCUUACGUUUCUCGAUGAAUCGGGGAAUACACCUGGGGGUAGUUAUACGACGUGGCAGUUUAAUUUCAAAUUUAAUUUACAGGAGGACAUGUAUGCACAGGACAGUAUAGACAUGCUACAAAACAGUGGUAUUCAAUUCAAAAAACACGAGGAGGAGGGUAUAGAUCCACUAGAUUUCGCUGAACUAUUAAUGACAUCGGGAAUUGUCCUUGUCGAUGACAUAAAAUGGCUAUCGUUUCAUUCUGGCUAUGAUUUCGGUUACCUACUGAAGCUUCUUACAUACCAACAUUUACCGCAAGAAGAAAGUGAAUUCUUUGAGCUCCUUAGGAUAUAUUUUCCAACGAUAUACGAUGUAAAAUACUUAAUGAAAUCUUGCAAAAAUCUGAAAGGAGGACUUCAAGAGGUUGCAGAGCAACUUGAAAUACAAAGAGUGGGACCGCAACAUCAAGCUGGAUCUGAUUCGUUACUCACAGGAAUGGUUUUCUUUAAAAUGCGAGAGAUGUUCUUCGAGGACAACAUUGACGAUGCGAAAUAUUGUGGUCAUUUAUACGGAUUGGGAACAUCAUUUGUUGUGAACGGUUCGGGAGGAUAUCUAGACAGUAAUGGAGAUAACUCUUCGUCUUCGUAAUGUUAACGGAAAAAGAAAAAAAAAACAAAACGAACUAUCACGCCUCAGUCGGAUCAGAUUAUUUCAUUACAAAUAAAAUGUUAUAAAUAAUGUUUCACUUAAUGAUCAAGCGUAUGGUUUAUAUCCACGACAUAACGGAAUCACUGUUGUAGAUCACAGUCGUCGCUGAUCGAUGAAAAGAAAAGAAAAAAACAAAACAAAAAAGAACAGAAACGAGAGCUACAGGAGAAUUUUUUUCGUAUUCGUGCAUUUUUUUUUUUAUAUAUCCUCGAAUUUUUAAGUCUUUCGUAGGUUUCUUCUGUGAUACAUGCUAAUUAAAUAAAACUAUUUACGAUAAUGUGCAACGUGAAAUAUGUAAGAUAGUUUCUUUACAAACAUUUGUGACAAUAUUGGUAUAAAAAAAAAAGAAGAAAAAGAACAAAGAAAUAUAAGAUCGCAGUACAAAGCAAAGAAAAAAAAAAUGCAAGCGUGGAAAAAUACUAAUUUUAAGACUUUUCAAAACAAAAGAAAAUCUCUAAAAAACGACGAGAUAGAGAGAGGAUCGCCAAGAGCAUUAGAAGAAGAGUGGCUGGAGGAAGAAAAUUCAAGGUUGCAUUGUCCCGGUACAUCUAUCAGUGUUCAUAUGUACAUUUAUCAUACAGUGCAUUUAUAGAUCAGUAAAUCUUAAGCCCGAACGGUUUCUUAUAUAUUUAGCAUUUUAAUAAAUAUCCGUCGAAAUUACGCUUCUCGCCAGCCUUAGACCUAGCGAACAAGAUAUCGAACCCGUCGCAGAACAAGACCAUAAUCAUCCUAUCAGUUUCUCUACGAUCGAAUGCCCCACUCGAACGAUUCCGUUAUCUCCAUAGAAGACUAAAUAUAGUCGGGCAUAGCUGCUAAAAUUAUUUUCCACGGCGUGGCUCCCCCCCUCCCACCUAUACAUAAUACGUACGUUUUAUUGUAACGAGCAUUAUCCAUCAGGCUGACGGCAAAGGCAGCCUUUUGCUGCGCCCUGAACGCAAUCACGCAAACCGCAUUUCUUUUGUAAAUAACACAACGUUCCAGAAAUACAAUAAACAAUUUACUCAAACCGAAA